GCUUCGGGCGGCGGCCGGGGCGACCUGCGGACGGACGGGUGGGCCGAGGCGCAGGGCCCGCGCCUGCCGUCUCCCACUCCUGCCGGCGCCGGGCCCGCGCCAUGGCCGCCUCGCCGGGCUCGGGCAGCGCCAACCCGCGGAAGUUCAGUGAGAAGAUCGCGCUGCACACGCAGCGGCAGGCCGAGGAGACGCGGGCCUUCGAGCAGCUCAUGACCGACCUCACCCUGUCGCGGGUUCAAUUUCAGAAGCUUCAGCAACUGCGCCUUACACAGUACCAUGGAGGAUCUUUACCCAAUGUGAGCCAGCUGCGGAGCAGUGCCUCCGAGUUUCAGCCGGCGUUCCACCCAGCUGACAGCGUGCGUGGAACCCGCCACCACGGGCUGGUGGAGAGGCCGUCCCGGACCCGCUUCCACCCCCUCCACCGACGGUCUGGGGACAAGCCGGGACGACAAUUUGAUGGUAGUACAUUUGGAGCUAAUUACGCCUCGCAGCCCCUGGAUGAGAGUUGGCCAAGGCAGCAACCUCCUUGGAAGGAAGAGAAGCACCCUGGGUUCAGGCUAACAUCUGCACUUAACAGGACCAAUUCUGACUCUGCUCUUCACACGAGUGCUCUGAGCACCAAGCCCCAGGACCCCUAUGGAGGAGGGGGCCAGUCGGCCUGGCCUGCCUCAUACAUGGGUUUCUGUGAUGGUGAGAACGACGUACAUGGGGAAGUUGUGUCUUUCCCCAGCCCAUUGAAGGAAGAGAAUCUGCUAAACGUUCCCAAGCCACUGCCAAAACAGCUGUGGGAGACCAAGGAGAUCCAGUCCCUGUCAGGGCGCCCUCGAUCCUGUGAUGUCAUAAGUGGCAGCGCUUUUCCACACAGUGGUCAAAACAUGGGCCUCUCACCCUUUCUGGGAACCCUGAACACUGGGGGGUCAUUGCCAGACCUAACCAACCUCCACUACUCAGCGCCCCUGCCUGCCUCCCUGGACACCAGUGACCACCUCUUUGGUAGUAUGAGUGUGGGGAACAGUGUGGGCAACCUUCCCGCUGCCAUGACUCACCUGGGCAUAAGAAGCUCUUCUGGUCUGCAGAGUUCUCGAAGCAACCCCUCCAUCCAGGCCACGCUCAAUAAGACAGCGCUUUCCUCUUCCCUAAACAGCAGCCCACAGGCAUCUGCUCCCAACGCCUCACUUCACUCUGCGCUCCGUCUCUUCUCCCUUAGCAACCCGUCUCUUUCCACCACAAACCUGAGCGGCCCCUCUCGGCGUAGGCAGCCUCCCGUCAGCCCUCUCACGCUUUCUCCUGGCCCCGAAGCACAUCAAAGUUUCAGCAGACAGCUCUCUUCAACCAGCCCACUGAAGCCGUAUCCUGCCUCGCAGAUGGUGUCCUCAGAUCGAAGCCCGCUCUCCUUCCUGCCCACAGAAGCUCAAGCCCAAGUGUCACCCCCGCCCCCUUACCCCACGCCCCAGGACCUCCCCCAGCCUCUGCUGCAACAGCCCCACGCCCAGGAACCCACUGCUCAGCAGCCCCAGGCAGCCCCAUCGCUGCCCCAGUCAGACUUCCAGCUCCUCCCAGCCCAGGGCUCAUCUUUGACCAACUUCUUCCCAGAUGUGAGCUUUGACCAGCAGUCCAUGAGGCCAGGCCCAGCCUUUACUCAGCAGGUGCCCCUGGUGCAACAAGGUCCCCGAGAACCACAGGACUCCUUUCAUUUGAGACCAAACCUGUAUUCCAACUGCGGGAAUUUCCCAAACACCAUCCUGACAGAAGACUCGAGCACCAGCCUGUUCAAAGACCUCGGCAGUGCUCUGGCAGGCAUGCCCGAGGUCAGCCUAAGCGUGGACACUCCGUUUCCAUUGGAAGAAGAGCUCCAGAUCGAACCCCUGAGCCUGGACGGACUUAGCAUGCUGAGUGAUUCCAGCCUGGGCCUGCUCGACCCCUCUGUUGAAGAGACGUUCCGAGCUGACCGACCGUGAUCAGAAGGGAACGGGACAGGAGGACUUGUUUCUGAAGCAGCUGAAGCGGAACGGAGUACAACGGAGCCAGCUACACCCCUGCGCUUUACUUAUCUCGGGCUUCUGACACAGAAGGAACCAAUUCCUUGGCUCCCAGCUCUCAGACGGGGUCCCAUCUCAGAGGCCGUGGCUCAUUCUAGACCACUGAGCUGGGCGCCGCCCCUCAGGCCUGCGGCACAGGUCCUGUUGCUGCAGGCAGGCUGCUCUGGGGCUUCCGAUGAAUUGGUCGUUAC